GCACUCGCCGAAUCUCCACCGAUGUUCCACAUGGCUUAAAAUGAUGUGCGAUAGUGUGACAGCCUACUACAUGAUAGAUAGAUCAAUAUCUUUCCGCACUUAAUCGAAAUAAGUUAUGGGUAAAAGUAAGACUAACAAAUUUAGGCGUCCCCAGUUCAACGCAGAGGGACUGUCGGUAACUGCUGUAAAGGAAGUGGAAGAGGACCACGAUGAGGUCUGUGAUGGAGUCGACUCUCCAGCUGGAGAGUUACUGGAGAAAUUGCAGAGUCCCAGUGCAGAUGUGCGUGAGUUUGCCUGUGCCAGCAUAUCACGUGUGGUGCAGCAGAGCCAGACCAUCCCAGGCUUCCUCCAGCGGGAUGCGGUGAGACGUCUCGGGCCCCUACUGCUGGACCGGAGCCUGGCCGUCAGGGAGACUGCCACAGGGGCACUCAGGAACCUGAGUGCCUGUGGGGGUCAUGAGGUGUGUGAGGACAUGGUGAAACAGGACGUCAUGACUCCUCUGACUGCUCUGCUUCGAGAGUGCUGUGCUGGGUUUGAGACCAAUGCUGCCCUCUCGUUAAAAGGGCAAAAAAACACAGUGGAAGAUGUAGCCAAUGAAGCAGUUAACUUGCUGUGGAAUCUCUGUGAGAGCAGUAGCCAGGCAGUCUCUGUGUUCAACAAAGCAGGCAUUCUGGAUGUUAUCCUACAGUGUCUGGAGCGACACACUCACAACAUCAAGCUGGCUUUGUCUGCAGCCCACUGUUUGCACACAGUGACUGAGGACAAUGCAGAGUUGCUGUGUAGUAUGAACAAUGCUGUAUUAGGGACUCUGGAGAGUGUGCUGCUAUCCUCACAGACAGGCAUGGCUCACACACUGCUCAGGACACUGGCUGCAGGGUCAGUGUGGAACUUGAAGAGCAGCCUGCCCACAGCCCGCCAGGCCCAGACCCUCAACGCCCUGGUGGCCACCCUGUCCCAGUGCUUGGAGCUGGAUGCUGGCACGCUGAUACCCCAGCACCGCCAGGCUGAGGUGGCCCGCAAUGCCACUGCCUCAGAGGCAGGGAACAUGGAGGACCACCAGGCAGCUGUAGAGGAGAUGGAGGAUGAGGAGGAGGAGGGGGCUGGCCCGAGGAGGAAUGGCAAGGCAACCAAGAUAGAUAAAGACUUCUCUGACUUCCUGCCUAGGGGCAAGGAGGAGCUGAGGGAGGCGACGGCCUUGCUGACAGCCCAGCAGACGUCUUUGGAGAUCAUCGUCAACAUGUGCUGCUCUGAUGACCCGUCAGACGAUGAGUGGGAGGAGGCGUCGAGCAGCGAUGAGAGUGAGAUGUGUCCUGACGGCCUCUCUGAAGGGAACACCAGCCUCCUGUCCCCACUGUGUCUUUCUGCUGAGGUCCACGGGGCCCUGAUCAACCACAACAUCCCAGAGAAGGUUCUCAAGAAGACCCAGUUCCCCAGCAGCGACGCCAUGGACAUAUGUCGUCACAAUCCCACCUGGAAGAUCUUGAUAAAAAAGAUGCAUCGGGUACAGUACAGAGCCCUGACGUGCCUUCACAACAUGCUGUCUACUAUGGACGCUGAGUCCCUAGGGGGAGCAGCUGCUCUUCAGGCUGUCGCACAACAUCUGGCCACACUGGUCUUCAGUGCUCCAGAGAUCCCUGAGGAGGAGGAAUUCCUUGAGGCAGUUACCAGUGCCAUGCGAUCCCUCUUACAGAUCAUAGCCUAUAUGAAAAUCCCACAGUGUAUGACCCCCCAGCAGCUGAUGAGCCUGAGCGAGGCAGCGACCCGCUGUGGUGUGGUCAGUGUGAGGGUGAACGCCCUGGCCAUCCUAGGCAUCACAGGAAGCACACUGGCUAAAGAGAAGGGGACAGCUGAAACUCUGCAGAUGAUUGGCAAUGCCUUACUCCAAGUUGCCACAAAGGAUGCCAACCUUGUGGUUUGUGGAGAGGCCCUGGAUGCUCUGUUUGAUGUUUUUGCGGAUGGAGACGAGGCAGAGAGAGCAGCUAAAAACAUCAACUUACUGUCUGCACUGAAGGCACUUCAACCCGUCUUCAAGGCUAAGAUUCGUAAAGAGGGGAAGGGAAAGUACAGCCCUGAGCAGCUGUGUGUGCUGGACAACAUCAAAGUCAACCUAAGAAGGUUUAUUGGCUACCUGGAGAUUGUGGUGAAAAAAUAACAGCAGCCCGACACUACUACACCAUCUGACUGGCUGACAUGAAAUGAAAUGACUCAGAAUAUACUGUACAAUGGACCCAGAGUUGCCCAUAGAGCCUUGGGACAGAACAGAACAGAGGGAAUGGCGUUGAGGGGAAUUCCCUAAUCCACCCCCAUUUUAAAGGGACAGUUCAGUCCAAAAUCAGUUUGUUUCGGAGUGAACUAUCCCUUUAACAUCUAUAUAACUGAUUUUCAUGUUGGUUUUCUUUUCUUUUUGUUUUAAUGUUCUGACUGAAAUGCGUAACUAUUUUCCUUGGUAAGUGAGUGUUUACAUAGUUUUGUGUACAAAAAGACAAAAAAAGAUGUGCGCUAUUGUAGAUGGAUUUGUUGCAAUACACAGGGACACAUGAUUAAACUUUAUGUAUAAAAGUAUAUUUCAAAGUGCUGUAUUUUAAAGAAAUUGACAGAAAAUAUUAUGGUUUACUUUACACAUCUUUAUCAUCCAACUCUCACGUCACACACGCAAUAUCAUACUGUAGCCCUCCAUGUUAGGAAUGACCAGUUGUAGUAUUCAUGUGCUUCUCACCCAAGAAUCCGCUAACUGACCCCAUGUACAGGCCCAGUGUUUCCUGACCUCUGGUUUGCUAUGGCUCGACUGCCUGUAGGCAUUUGCCAUUGCCAAUGUAUGACAAGGCCAUCUCUCAUGUGAGAUGUCAUGAAUAAAACAGAACUCACCAUCCAUUUACAAGGUGAUUUAGUUAACAUGAUUAUUUGGAUUGCUGAAAGUAAAUUGAUUAACUUGUUUUGA